AUGGCAGACGUCCGCUCGCUGCUCCGAAACGAGCUUGCUUCCCGAAGGGGUACGCCCCAGACAGGCAGCAACACGCCCAACCGCGUCACGAAGAAAAGAAAAGUCGACCCGGCGGACUCCGCAACGCGCAAACGAGUAAAACAAACAGAUCCCGACCGACUCCUAGCACAUGCGCAAAUUCGCCCUCCAAGCGCGCAGGUCGCGGAAGACGAUGAUGCUUAUGACGUCGAGCCACUGCCGCAGGACCCAGAUGUCAUGAGGACAGAGUCAGACACUGCGACGCCAACUUUACCCAAUAUCUCGCAAGAGACAACCGCACAGCCAUCAGAAGCCCCUUCUAUAACGCAAUCUCAGGCCGUUGCGGAACCUCAGCCGCAGAAUAUUGACGAGGACGAAUGGGCCGCGUUUGAGCGUGAAGUCGCGGCGCCAACGCGUGUCCCACAGCGGCCUGCUGCUGUUGCGGCGGCUGCGACGAUAUCAGCUGCGCCGAUUACCACGGAAGAGCUUGCCGCGCUGCAAGAAAGAGAGAAGGAGACUCUCAGGCGGAAUCGCGAAGCGGAGGCUGAGGGAGAACGGGAGGAUGCAGCGCGGUUUCUCGAGGAAGAGUUCGAUGAGAUGGAACAACUAGAGGAACGGGUUAAGCGGUUAAAGCAGAUGCGAGAGCAGCUGAGGCUGAAGCGGACGGCGAGCGCAGAGAUGGACGAGGCUGCGACUGCCACAGAGCCAGUCCCGAAUGCAGCGGAUACCUCGGCGCCUGAUAAAACGGACGAGGAUAAAGAAGACGACGAGGAGGACGAUGAUGACGCUGACGACGACUGGGAUAAUUGGAGGUUUAGGUAA